CUGCGCGCCGAGCGCCACUCCUUCGACCUCUGCCGCCGGAGCCGCCGCCGCCGCCUCCCGGGAAGAGGGGAAGCAGGAGAGGAGCCCACGUCGCCGUCCACCCAGGUCCUCCAGCCGCGCCGCCCAGAAGACUGUAAGAUGUUCGCCUGCGCCAAGCUCGCCUGCACCCCCGCUCUGAUCCGAGCUGGAUCCAGAGUUGCAUACAGACCAAUUUCUGCAUCAGUGUUAUCUCGACCAGAGACUAGGACUGGAGAGGGCUCUACGGUAUUUAAUGGGUCCCGGAAUGGUGUGUCCCACCUAAUCCAAAGGGAGUUUCAGACCAGUGUAGUCAGCAGAGAUAUCGAUACUGCUGCCAAAUUUAUUGGUGCAGGUGCUGCAACAGUGGGAGUGGCCGGUUCUGGUGCUGGUAUUGGAACAGUCUUUGGCAGCCUUAUCAUUGGUUAUGCCAGAAACCCUUCGCUGAAGCAGCAGCUGUUCUCAUAUGCUAUCCUGGGAUUUGCCUUGUCUGAAGCUAUGGGUCUCUUUUGUUUGAUGGUUGCUUUCUUGAUUUUGUUUGCCAUGUAACAGAAAUUACUGCUUGAAAUAUUGGCAUUCAUAUUAAUUACGGAUGUAAUUCUGUGUAUCUUACUGUGACUCCGAAAAACUGUAGUAUUGGUGUCAUGGAAAUGUACGUUAUUUCCAAGGUCAUUUCAUUAAAGGUAAAAACUUUAAUUUUUGCUGUGAUUUGUACUUAACCUAAAUUUAGACCAUCAUAAAGAAGAAUAUGCAUUCAGGCCGAUGCUGUACAAGUCAGAGGAAACUACAGCAGUCGCCCCGUGAUGAAAAAGAUCCAAUUUCAUUAAAAUUCUUUUAUAUAGCA